AUACAUACUCACUACAAUGAGAAUUGUCCAAUAAACAUUUCUCUCUCUCUCUCUCUUCUUGGUUUCCAGUAAGAGAAACACAUCACAAGAUCAAGAUGUCUUCCUCUACAAAGGAUAAGGAGGUGUGUGAAGGAAAUGAAGGUGGUGAUGGUGUUGGGGUUGGUGUUGGGUGGUGUCUCUCAGGGGAUAAGGAUUUCUUUGAUGUUAUUCUGGCAAAGACACAUGUUACCGUAGGUCAUCAUUAUCUGCGUCCACCGGCACAUAUUCUUCCCAAACUUCCUAGUGCAAAGGUGCCUUUGGUUCUGAGGCAUGGUGACAAGCAGUGGCAGAUGAUGUAUCUUGGAAACGACAAGAGGCCGAGGUUUGAGUGUGCUGGUUGGAAAAGAUUCGUGAAUGAUAACAAUCUGAAAGAGGGAGAUGCUUGCAUCUUUGAAGUGAUGGAGUCGAGCCCUCAGAUUCUGAGGCUCGACGUCGUCAUCAUCAGGAACACUAUGGAUCUGCCGCCGGCACUGCUGUCCAAGAUUCAAUCCCAGGGAAAGACACCGGAGACAGCUAUAGAGCUUUGACUUCACUAUUUUCACCAUUAUGCUUUACAUUUCUGUCUCUGUAGACUCUAUGUUUUCUACUCUGCUUAAUUACGUUAAUAUGUAAUGUGCCUUGUGGAAGGUGGAUUUAAUGUGCCUGUAGCAGAAUUGGUAAUUUGUAGUGAAACUCAUGCUUGAAUACUUGGUUAUUUGGGUAUUAGACUUCAAGCCUUAAGAAUAACAUGCAGUAG